GUAGAAACGAGAAUGUUUGAUCACGUGACUAUGUAAAUAUUGGGUAAAUAUUGCAGAAGGAAACAUAUUUCGUCACAUGCAUAUUUUGCAUUACAAAAGAAGAAGCACAAUGGUUAAAUGAUACUGACGGUGACAUACUGAGUGUGACAGACAUUUAAGAAUGAUCAAACAGGUGGGUUUGUUACCUGCUGGCUGUCAGCCAUGGAACAAUAGUGUGUGUGCAGCAAGUGGGGAUAGAUUUGCCUACUGCUCAACCCUGGCCAUUUAUGUUUAUGAGUUAGACAAGACAUACAAUCAGUUUCAAUUAUUGUCCAUCUUGUCAGAACACAAGAAAACAAUCACGUCAAUUUCCUGGAAUCCACGAAAUCCUGAUAUCUUUGUUAGUGCCAGUCACGAGUGUAAACUUAUAGUGUGGGAUAUUAGUAAAGAGAGACCUGUAGCAAUCUAUGAAAAUACUAAAGGUAUUCCAACUUGUAUAGACUGGUGCCUACUUCAUGGGGAAUCAGUCUCGUACAUCAGCGGAAAGGGGCCGUUAUUUUUGUGGUCGUAUAAGGGUACCGAUUUGUCAGUCUCCACAGUGAAGGAAACGGGCGGGUUUGCGUCAGAGGUGACAUGUUUUAGAUGGCAUCAUAAGAAAACUGAAAAGGUUGCGUUUGGACAUAAGGACGGAUCAUUAACGUUCUGUACUUUAGGGUCAAAGAGUCAGCGACAUGUACUAAAACCAGUGUGGGAUGAUGAUGACGAUGACAGCGAGAGUGAUUCUGUGGUUACAUUAGAAUGGGACCUUUUAUCUGUAGACUAUAUAUUAGUAUGUAACUCGCAGGCGGGCAUACGGCUCAUUGACUCCUCCUCCUUGUCCUCAUUUAUGACCUUCCAGUUGCCAAGUGCAGCAACUACUGUGAAGACAAUGUCCUGGGUACCGAGUGCCCCAGGAAUGUUUCUUACUGGUGAUGCUAUGAGUGGGAUUAUUAGAGUAUGGAAUGUUUCUAAAUCAACACCUGUAGAAAAUAUACGCGUGAAAAAGACGGGCUUCCAUGCUUUACAAGUUAUCUGUGAUAUAAAUAGACUAAAAUUUACAAAAUACUCAGACAAAAAUACUGACAUUCAUCAGAAAUCUUCCACUAGUUUGGCACAGAACCCUACUUCUGUUAAUGCAUCUAACUUUGCAUUGCCGCCCGCUAGACUUGUUUGUACUUUUCUCGAUGGUGGGGUAGGACUCUAUGAUAUUGGUAGACGGAAAUGGGACUUUCUACGAGAACAGGGUCACAUAGAGACAAUAUUUGACUGCAAGUUUUGUCCGCAUGACAGCAAUAUAUUAGCCACUGGAAGUUUUGAUGGCACAGUGAAAUUAUGGGACACGUCAACUUUUACAUGUAUUAACACAUCUCCGGGAAAUGAGGGUAUUAUUUAUACAUUAUCAUGGGCACCUUCAGAUCUCAACUGUAUUGUAGCUGGGACAUCUAAGAAUGGUAUAUUUAUAUGGGACAUUACAAAAGGAAGGAUAGUAAAAAGAUUUACAGAGCAUGGACGUAAUGCUGUAUUUACAGUAAUGUGGAAUCAGAAAGACUCAAAAAGAAUCAUGUCAACAGGGGCUGAUGGUUACUGCAUUAUAAGACAAGUGGAUGGUGAGAUUAUACAGAAGUACAAGCAUCCGGCACCUGUGUAUGGUUGUGACUGGUGUCCUCAUAACAAGGACAUGUUAGCAACUGGUUGUGAAGACAAGAAUGUAAGAGUUUAUUAUAUAGCAACAAGUAAUGAUAACCCACUCAAAGUUUUUACAGGGCACACAUCAAAAGUAUUUCAUGUGAAGUGGUCUCCCCUGAAAGAAAAUCUCCUCUGUAGUGGGUCAGAUGACAGUACUCUGCGUGUUUGGGACUAUUCUCAAGAUGCAUGUGUAUGUACAUUAUCUGGUCACAAGGGGCCAGUCAGGGGAAUACUUUGGAACCCAGAAAUCCCAUAUCUUGUGAUAUCUGGCAGCUGGGAUGCCACCAUUAGAAUGUGGGAUAUACGAGAUGGAGGGCGCUGUAUACAAGCUAUAGCCGAUCAUGGGGCAGAUGUUUAUGGGUUAACAUGUCACCCUGCUAGGCCAUUUCUGCUGGCUUCCUGCUCAAGAGAUUCUACUGUUAGAAUGUGGUCCCUGGCUGCCCUAUCACAACCAAUAGAAAUCAAUAUAUUAGCUGGAAAACCUUGGUCGCAAAUACUGGGUUCAGUAGAGACUGUAAUGGAACCAAAACAUGAGCCACUGUUGACAGGUCGUGUUUCACGAGCGUUAAAGGUCGAGGUUGAAGAAUUUCCUAAAGAUGCUAGAAACAGAACAAUCAAAUUUUUCUCCAAGUUUUUUAUGGCACCGGCUGGAACAGAGAAUCUCUGGGAACUUGUAUCAGUAUUGAAAGGUGUGGACGAUACUCUACUUUCCUCAAAUUACAACAAGGGAAUAAUGCAUGUGAAACAUCUUUUGAAAUACCACAGUUCAGAGGCUCAACAGCUAGAGAUGGCCAAGUUAAAGAAUAGUGGAGGAACUGGUGCUAGAAACAAGGAGGACAGGAUGAAAGAGGCGGCAGAGUUACACCUAAAAACUGGCAAUAUCCGCAGAUACUGCGAGUUAAAGGUGGAGCUAGGUGAAUGGGAGAGGGCACUUGCUGUCGCACCUGGUGUCUCUCAUGCUUACUGGAAAGAUCUAGCAAACAGAUAUUCUAGGUUUUUAAUGAGAGAGGACAAAGAUUGUGCUGCAGUAUUUUGUACAGCUGUAGGUGAUACUGAAAUGUUGGUAGAUUUUUAUGCAUCAAGAGGUCAAAUGUCAGAUGCCGUCCUCACAGCCCAGGUGGCUUGUGAAGGACUGAUUCCCAGCAAUAGUGAUGCUCAUAAUCAGAAGGGAACCAGCAAUGGGUAUGGGGAACCGUCUGAAAAGCAAAUACAGUUACUGCAGCAGACGGUGGAAGAUUGGGCAGCAUGGCACUUGUGGCAUGGAUCACCCAUCCUUGCUGCUUGCUGUUUCCUUGCUGUAGAUAAUGUUCAGAAAGCUUUGGGAAAACUGAUACAAGGCAAUGAGUUGGAGUUGGCUGUUGCUACGGGAACUGUAAUUGGUAACCUUCAAGAAUAUACCUCUGUUGCUAUAGAAAUGUUGUCAAGGAGAUGUGAACGACUUGGAAAAUGGGAAUUAGCUGUUGAUUUGUUACAUCAGGUACCAGAUAACAAGACAUUGUUAGCAAGAUGUUGCUCAAGAUGUGCUCUUUCCAUAGAUGAAAUAAAUGCCUUACAUAAAAGAGCACAUCUGCCGUCAGUGGCUGACUGUUUUAAUGAAGCGGAGAAAUUAAAGCGUAGAAAUGAUACAUUUGAAUGUGUUCUGUUCUAUCUCCUGUCAGCCUCACCAGAGAUUGGUAUAGACCUCGGUCUGGAUUAUGUUAAAAAUACUCUAAAGACAUCUGACUGGACAGUAGAUGAUGUGUUCUUUAUGUUACAACAGCUUGGCAGUGUUCGGACAGAUGCCCUACAAAUUCAUAGAAAGAAGGGAGAAUUGCUGGCAGUUUGUGCUUAUAUUGGUGCUCUGGUUGCUAUAAGACGGGGCUAUUAUAGCAUUGUUCAACCUCUAUUCCAACAUUCUAGGCAACGUAUUUGUAACGAAAGUUUUAUAGAUUUUGGUGUGUCAGAAUCAGCUAUACAGUCACAGUGUACAGCUUGGAAUGUUGUUCAUACAGCACAACCACAGGAACCAGUCAAUGUUGACAUAAUACCUGCAGAAUAUAAACCAGUCUAUGUUAAAUUACAGCAAAGAAUUGGAGAAGAACCCAAUAAAAUUUUAGUCGGCUCAGACUGUGUCUCAAAUACUCAUCUUCCAUCCCAUUCUGAUAUACAUAUCUCAUGUCUUACUGGAGAGAGAAUACAGGGUCUCGCUUAUUUUCUGGAGGACGGAAAAUCUGCAGUAUCAGCAAACGAGGCCCUCAUGUGGGCGAAGGUCAAUCCAUUUUCUCCUCUAGGUACUGGCUAUCGGAUCAACCCAUUCUAAAUAACAGGGAGGAUGUUGCUGUUUACAAAUGCCAUAUAGGAGAACCAUCCCCUGGAUAACACUAGUUGCUAUAGUUACAACAUAGGCUCGCCUGAGCCGUCAAGUGUACGAACAAACAAGACUGCUAAUCUGUACAGUCUGACCACCCUCUAAUAUAAUUUUACCUGCUUAAUUUUAAUAUUUUAUGCUACUGAUAUCCCUUUAGUUUCAAAUUUUCAAAACAGGGCAGGUCCAUUACAAUAAGUACAUAUUUCAUUUAAGA